ACCACUUGAUGUGGUCAACCACUUGCCCCCCACACUCUCUCAAAAAAGGGCCUUUCCUCUAUGAAAGGGUGGGGGCCGAGGUCCGGAGGGAAGAGAGAGAGAGGAGGAGAUCCGAUCGUAAGUGGCCUGUCCCUUUCUCUUUGUUUCUGUGUCUCUCUGUCUUUGUGCACCUUUGGCAAUGGCUUCUUCCACCUUUAGCCGAUGGUUGAGGCCAGAGGUGUACCCAAUCUUUGCAGUCGUUGGGACAGCAGUUGGUAUAUGUGGCCUCCAACUUGUAAGGAACAUACGCACUAACCCAGAUGUCAGGGUUACCAAGGAGAAGAGAAGUGCGGGAGUGCUAGAGAACUUUGCAGAGGGAGAGAGAUAUGCCCAACACAGCCUCAGAAAGUUUGUGCGUAACAAAUCUCCUGAAAUCAUGCCAUCCAUCAACAAAUUCUUCACUGAUCCGAAAUAAAAAAGACACCCACCCUUUUGUGUAUGGAUUCAUUGCUAAUCAUUCAUUCUUUCUCUUGAGAGAGCACAAUUGAGUCUCAUAGGCGUAGUAAUAGCUUUGUUUUCUUGUUUGUUGACAUGAUCUUAUGUUGCUUGUACCAUCUCAACCUUUUUUGAAAUAAAUCUUUUAGUCUUGAGGAUGCAA